CUAUGAAAGACUCGCUAUACGCAUACGCAGGGAACCUGUCGCCAUAAAUGUGUGUUAUUUACGAAGGAAGUAGCUUUAGCCCGCUAACCAGCAGACAAGCCAACUUAAAAGAGCACUUUCAACUUACGUUAUUAAAAUAUCAAGGCUAAACAUUGAGAUCUACAGCAGCGACGUGUUGAACUUAUAGCGCUGACAUAAGUGACGGGCACUGAAGUCAUGGAAGAAAUCAUCGGGGUCUGUGGUUUAGAGGCCAGAGGACUAGUUGAAGGAAGCAGUUCACCCCUGGAUGUGGAGACUCCAACCCAGGAUAACAUGGAGGAUUUUGCAGGGCUGGUGAGCAGUGAAGAGGAAAGAGGGGAGACGCCAGGAAGGGAGGAUAGCAACCCUGACCCCCUCGAUGAGGAGUUAGACCCCAAAGCUGAGAAAACCAAGGACAAAAAAGCGUUUGGCAAAGAGGUUUUGUUGCUGAUGCAGGCGCUUCAUACUUUAGCCACCCCAGAAGAGAAACUUGCUGCCCUUUGUAAGAAAUAUGCAGACCUGCUGGAGGAGAGUCGCAGCAUGCAAAAGCAGGUGAAGGUGUUGCAGAAGAAGCAGAACCAGGUGCUGAAGGAGAAGAUCCACCUGCAGAGCGAGCACAGCAAGGCGGUCCUGGCACGCAGCAAACUGGAGAGUCUUUGCAGGGAACUUCAGCGCCAUAACAAGAACCUCAAGGAGGAGAACUCUCAGCGGUUCAGGGAGUAUGAAGAGCGGCGCAAGGAGGCAACGCUGCACUUCCAGAUGACGCUCAAUGAGAUUGAGGCCCAGAUGGAGCAGCACAACUUGCAUAACAGCAAACUGCGGCAGGAGAACAUGGAGCUGGCUGAGAAACUCAAGAAGCUCAUUGAGCAGUAUGAGCUCCGGGAGGAGCAUAUCGACAAGGUGUUCAAACACAAGGAACUGCAACAGCAGCUGGUGGACGCUAAACUUCAGCGGACGGCCGAGCUGAUGCGAGAGGUGGAGGAGAAACAGCAGAGAGAAAGGGAGUUUCUUCUGAAGGAUGCGACAGAGUCGAGACAUAAAUGUGAGCUGAUGAAGGAGCAGGAGCAUCAGUUAAAGCAGCAGCUCACUCUGUACAUGGACAAGUUUGAGGAGUUUCAGACCACCCUCGCUAAAAGCAACGAGGUCUUCACCACCUUCCGACAGGAGAUGGAGAAAAUGACAAAGAAGAUCAAGAAGCUUGAGAAGGAGACCACACUAUGGAGGACCAAAUGGGAGACUAACAACCAGACUCUACUGCAGAUGGCAGAAGAGAAAACAGUGCGAGACAAAAAUUACAAGGCCCUCCAAGGCAAACUGGAGCGUCUGGAGAAGCUUUGCAGGGCCCUGCAGAGAGAACGCAAUGACCUGAACCAGAAACUCCGUGACCUUCAGGGCCCAGUGAAAGAUCCUGAGGAAGAAGGUACAGGGCCUCCUGACCCCCAGCCACUGGGCCUCUACAGCCAGCCCUCCAACCCAGAGAUGGAGAGAGAGGUAGAGGGAGAGAUGGAGGGUUUGGUGCCUGAAACAGAGCAACUUGGGCUUCAGCCUGAGGUAUCAGGCACCACAUCAUCCAGACAACUCAUUGACGACUGAGCCUGGCCUUCUGGUGGCCUUUCUUUUUUUUUCUUUUUUUUCGUGGAGGUAUAUAUUUUUGUCUAACAAUUAUUAUCAUAAAAUUUGUGAGGAAAAAGCAGGACAUUAGUGAAGACGCUAACUGCUCUAUACGUUGGUAAUCCGCUUUGUGGCGAGCACUUUUUACUCCCUUUUUUCUAUCACAUUGUAUUUUCGUAGGAAAUGGUCAUGUGGUCCAAGACGGCCGCCAUGCAGCUUUGUUCUGUAUGUUUUUCUUUUUUCUUCCCCCUCCCCCCAAUUCUGUUUUCAGCCCUUUCCUGCUGAGCUGUGCUGUGGUUGCGCGUUUUUCGUUUCUCUUUAAUAAAAAUGUAGCUCUUCGCUCUGACCUCUAGAAUCUGAAUAAAUCAUUUUGGAUGCAUAUAAUGUUUAAUAUUGCUAUUUGAAAAUAACCAUACAUAGUCAACUAGCCAGUCCAGCUCUAGAUGACCAGAUAACCUUGAGACUGGAGAAACAGGGCAUUAAUAAUGGAGGAGAGAUACAUUAACACACACUUACCUACUCAUUGGCACUUUGAGUCAGAGCCAAAACUGGUCCAUAACAAGUCAUUCUUCUAUUGCUUUGAUUAAAAUGGACAUGAAAUGGAAUUUAAAGGAAGAUACAUGUCUUAUAAAUAAGAGAGGGGUCAAGACUUCUCACUGCCUGUGACUGGUUUUCAUAUGAGAAUCUGAUUAAGGGCUAGUUUGGUUUUGAAAAAGGCUGCUACAUCUUUAACAAUUAUGUGAAAUACUAGGACAGGGUCAAACUCUCACUGAGAUUUCUAUGGGAGGGAAUUUUUUUGUUGCAUGACAGAUGAAGAGAAAUGCAUCUUUUCAAACAGAAAACUCAAUAAUGAUGGUAAAAUGCCAUGUGCAUUUAUAUUACAUUAAUAUUCAGUUCAACUUUGCAACCCCAUUUAUUUAAGAAACAGGGUAGUUUUUGUUCAAUCAGGGUAUCCAAGCCACUUCAAGCCAGUAGGAUUUUUUCCCCCUUAAAAGCAAAAAUUGAGAAAAAAAAAUUUUUUUUUAUUUAUUUACCAAAAAUCUCUUUAAUACUUCAGAUUUUUUGAAAAAUAGCAUAAUGCUGUUGAUUAGUCCUGAUGACAGUUAUUGUCUUAAUGGGAUUUUUUUUUGUUGCAAUUUUUUUAUGUUAAAAGGGUAUUUCACACAAAUGUCAUAAUUUACUCACCCUCAUGUCUGUCUAAACCUGUAUGACAUUAUUUUUUCUGUGGAAGUAUUUCAAAGAUUUUCAAAGUUUUUGUCCAUAUAAUGAAAGUUAUUGAUUGACUUUCAUUGUAUGGACUGAGGAAAAAAAAAAAGACAUUUUUCAAAAAAAAAAAAACAAAACAACAACAACAUGAAGGUGAUUAAAUGAUGACAGAAUUUAAUUUUGGGGGGUGAACUAUCUGAUUUUUUUGUUUUGUUUUGUUCAUUUGCCUGUCUGAAAUGGACAGGUUACAAUUUUUUACUCUUUAACUGGACACAACUUUCUCAUUUUAAAAGGGGCCUUGAUGUAUUUGAUACUGGAUAUGCUGAAUGUGAUUCUCUUUUUUUUGGACUUUAUAAUGAACAAUAAAAUGUCUGUAAUUCAAAUCUUUACAUUCAAAAUGUUCUGAAGAGCUGCAAACAUUCUCAAUAUUGCAUUGUAAAACUAUAUGUCAAGAACUGUACUGAUGAAUGUAGAAAUUGCCAAUUUCACGUCUAAACAAACAGCCUCACAGCCCUUUAAGAUCUGGGCUGUGUUUAUCAAAAACAUUGUGAGCUAAUUUGAUUUGUGGCAAUGGUUCUACUAUCUACUUAAGCUUACUAUGCUUUUGGGAAAUGCAGCACUGGUCAUUAUCAAGGACACAGGGUCUAGAAACACUUGCCUCUUCAGGUCCAUUAUAACAUCUGGUUCUGUUCAUGUCCUGAUCUGAACCUCUCACACUGGCCAGUACAUUCCUCAAGACUGAAUCAAACAAAACAUACAGCAUUUUCAUUCAGUGCGCUUUGAACAUGAUAAUCUUUUAGUUGAAUUAAUCAUAUUAACCACAAAUGGUGUGUUUUGUAACCAAAUGUAGUGGAUGAAUGCAAAGUCACAUAAGUUCAGAAGGACAAGCUGUUUUCUGAGAAACUUGUCUGAAUGUUUAACUUGCCAAACUGUAAAACUCAACUAUGGAAAGGUAGAUCUUCACCAGCUUCCAUCACUUGUUUUUAUCUAUAAAAAAAAAAAAAAUCCUGUAUUUUUUUUUUUCCCCCUCCAUUGUCUAAUAAAAUCAAAAUUCUUAUCCAAAAUUUGAGGUUAUUAUAAAAACAUCUCAGCACUUGAUUUGUGUGGAUUUCCUCAAUGUAAGUUUCACCUCACUGUCAAAUAUUUUCUUAUCUGCAGAAGUCUGUGAGCAAUUAUUUUGACACAUACAUCUGUAAUUGUGGUCAUGUUAAUUCUAAAUUUGUGGAGUUGUUGGUACUGUCAUUUGUAUACUGCUUCUUUUUUUUUGUGGCAAAGCCCCGGUUUGAUUCUCAGGUUAUGCAAGAAAUCUACCUCUUCAGGUAUGACGUACUGUGAAAGAUGCUCAAGAGAGCUUUUCUUUCUCCCCAAGCUCAGCCGUGACCCCUCUGAGAUUGUACAACGCUCUUGUAGUUCUGUCUUGCUUUUCAAUAAAACAUUUUGUAGAAUUUUC